GAUGGAGCUUGGGUGGCAACCGUAACUAGGGAGCUGGUAAAGAAGGUGCCUGGUGGCCGCUGAAAGUUCAAAAACCCGCUGAGGGCCCCAGGCGGCAGGAGGACCCCGGUUUUUUGAGGAGCCAGAGGAAACUCUACAGAGAAGAAUGUCAGACGCAGAAGAAAAUGUCUUGGAAGAAACAGAAGAAAGUGGAGAAACAGAAGUGGAAGAAGAAGAAUACAAUUCAAAUUAUAAAGAAGUAGAAAAUAUGCAGCAAAAAUUAAAAGAUGACACCUUAGUACAGAGAGAAUCUCAGGAGGAGGAAGAGGAGGAAGAGGAGGAGAAGGAAGUGGAAGAGAUAGAGGAGGAGGAGGAGGAAGGAGAAGAGCUAGAGGAGGAAGAGGAAGGGGAAGAGCUAGAGGAGGAGGAGGAAGGAGAAGAGCUAGAGGAGGAAGAGGAAGGGGAAGAGCUAGAGGAGGAGGAGGAAGGAGAAGAGCUAGAAGAGGAGGAAGGGGAAGAGCUAGAAGAGGAGGAAGGGGAAGAGCUAGAAGAGGAGGAAGGGGAAGAGCUAGAGGAGGAGGAGGAGGAGGAGGAGGAAGGGGAACAGUUAGAGGAGGAGGAAGAGGAAGAAAUGGAAGAGGUAGAGGAGGAGGAAGAGGAAGAAAAGGAGGAGGAGGAAAGGGAUAAGGAGAAGGAACAGAGAAAAGAAACCAAAGAGGAGAAGGGCGAUAAAGGGGAGGAAGAGGAAGAAGAGGGGGAAGACCAGGAUGAGGAAGAGGAAGAGGAGGAGGUGGAAGAGGAAGAGCCUGUCAUAAAAGAAACUGAGGACAAGUUUGGAAAAACUGAAGAAGAGGCUGCAAGAGUCCAGAAGGAAGUCAUAGUGCUGCCCCAAGACAUGUCCAUAAUCACUUCGGAGAAAGAUCUUUCUAGUUCUCGGUCGUCUAUUUCAGGAACUAUCCUGGAAACCCAGGGAGAUAAGUCUUCAUUACAAUCAGACAAUUCUGAAACAAAUGAGCUUUUUAAAAAACUCAGCUCACGGUAUGCAUUUCUGGAUUUGGAGCAAAUUGGUACUGAGAUUAAUCAGCCGGAUUGGCAGUUCCCAGAAGAGCUUGAGGAGGAACCUGGAGAGGCUUCCCAAGACACAGUAGAAGAAAAAGGAGACUUGACACCAAAACAGGUAGCCACAGAAGCAGAACGGGAUGGAAGGACACAUGUAAAGAGAGUGUCAUAUGGCCUUAGUGACAAAAAAGAAAAAGAAUUCCAGUUCAAAGAAGGAGUCUCCAAGGAGUCGCUGGUGUCCACCAGCACAGAGGACUCCUUGUUUCAAAAGGAUGAGAGCUCCUCCGUCUACCCCUUGACCUUGACCUGGUCAUUUGGAUGGAACAGCUCCCUCCCUGUCUUCUACAUUCGAGACAAGACCCAGAGAGUCCUUCUGUACGUGUGUGCUCACACUGCGGUCAUCUAUAACCUCUUCAGGAACAGCCAGCACCACCUACAGGGCCACCCCAACGUCAUCUCCUGCCUUUGCGUCAGUGAAGACCGGCGGUGGAUCGCCACAGCGGACAAAGGGCCAGACUGCCUGAUAAUCAUAUGGGACUCGUUCACAGGGAUUCCUGUGCACACCAUAUUUGACAGCUGUCCAGAAGGUAACGGCAUUAGGGCCAUAGCCAUGACCCGUGACGCCAAGUAUCUGGCAACCAUCUCAGACGCUGAAGUCCAGAAAGUGUGCAUCUGGAAGUGGACUUUGGCAGUGGAGACGCCCGCGUGCACCCUCAGUCUCCCCAAGGACUAUGGUUUCCAGAACUACCUUACUUUUAAUCCAACAAAUAAUAAAGAAUUGGUGAGCAAUAGUAAAACACAGGCAAUAUAUUAUUCAUGGUGUGAAGAGAAAAAUAUACUUGUUCACAGUGCCCCACUUUUAACAGAAAAAACAUUCAACAAGCUUGUGGGAAAAUUUAGCCAGUCCGUCUUUCACUUGAAUCUAACACAAAUACUCUCGGCGACGAUGGAAGGGAAGCUGGUUGUGUGGGAUGUACACCGCCCCCCGGAGUCUUCCUCCACCCUCUUUGGCUUUGCCUAUAUCAAGCCCUGUAAACUGGUUCAUCUGCAAAGGGAGGGCAUCACCGUGCUCACCACAGUUGAUGGCUACCUUGUCACAGGUGACAUUAGGGGUAACAUUAAAUUCUAUGACCACACGCUGUCCAUUGUUAACUGGUACAGUCACUUCAAACUGAGUUGCAUAAGAAGUCUGUCCUUUUCAAUUACUCCAGCAAGUUCUACUGAAGAAUCAAACUUCCCCCCAGACUGCACUUUAAAAGGUGACCUUUUCGUUGUCAGGAAUUUUAUCAUUGGAACAUCUGAUGCCUCGGUGUACCACGUAACAACAGAUGGCACCAAACUUGAGAAGUUAUUCAUAGAGCCCAAGGACGCCAUUUGUGCCAUCUCCUGCCACCCAUACCAGCCUCUCAUCGCCAUUGGGAGUUUCUGUGGGAUGAUUAAAGUGUGGGAUUAUGAAAAGAAGAAGUAUCUUUUCAGCAGGAUCUUUGAGAAAGGGCUUGGAGUCCAGAGUCUGACCUACAACCCUGAAGGAGCCCUGAUUGGAGCUGGCUUCACAGAGGGGACAGUUUAUAUUCUUGACGCAAUGUCCUUGGGAAACGAAACCCCAGAGCCUUUCAAGUAUUCCAGAACCAGCGUGACUCAUGUAAGCUUCUCCCACGACUCCCAGUAUAUGGCGACUGCUGAUAUAAAGUUUACUGUGGCUGUGUACAUGGUGGUAGUUAAAAAUGGACAAAGGGUCUGGGAAUAUUUAGCAAGACUUCGCUCUCAUCGCAAAUGCAUCCAAAGCCUCCUGUUUGGGGUUCACCUGGACAGCAAUGAGCCUAGGCUGCUGAGCCUGGGGACAGACAGGCUCUUGAUAGAGUAUAAUCUCCUCAAGAGCCACAAAGACAACCUGGAAGUCCUGGACAUUCACCGAACUGACCAGGGCAACUACCCCACCUGUAUGGUCUGGUACCCACCACUCGUCAGGGAGCUCUUCUUGCUUAUUUGCAACAGUGGCUACAAAAUGAAACUUUUUAAUUCGACCACCAAAAUGUGCAGAAAGACACUUCUUGGGCCAACUUACGGUUCCCCGAUCAAGCAGACCCAGGUCCUCCCGGUGAAAACCACCCUAGAUCUACAGAGGCGCUAUCUGGUGUUCAUUAACAAAAACAAGGUUGGACUUCAGAUCUUGCCAGUUGAUGGCAAUCCACACAAGACCUGCGCUAUUGUGUGCCACCCAGAUGGGGUGGCCGGGAUGACUCUUUCCUAUGAUGGCAGCUAUGCCUUCACAGCAGGAGGACGGGACCGCUCAGUAGUGCAGUGGAAAAUCAACUUAAGUGCCCUGGAGGCUGCGGUUUCUCUUGGGGGUGAAGACUUGACCCCGUUCUACGGUCUGGUGUCUGGUGGCAGGGAAGGAAAAUUCUACAGGGAGCUGGAAGACUAUUUUUACUACUCUCAGCUCCGCAGUCAAGGUAUUGAUACAAUGGAGACCAGGAAGGUGUCGGAACACAUCUGCCUGUCGGAGCUUCCUUAUGUCAUGAGAGCAAUUGGCUUUUACCCAUCCGAAGAGAAGAUUGAUGACAUGUUUAAUGAAAUCAAAUUUAGCGAAUAUGUGGACACUGGACAGCUACUUGACAAGAUCAACCUACCAGAUUUCUUCAAAGUUUACCUUAAUCACAGGCCCCCUUUCGGCAACACCUUGAAUGGCAUCCAGGAGAGCUUUAAAGUUCUUGGUUAUACCAAUUCCAAAGGGCAGAAGGCUAUUCAGAGAGAAGAUUUCCUGAAACUGCUCCUAACUAAAGGUGAGCACAUGACUGAAGAGGAGAUGCACGACUGCUUUGCCACGCUGUUUGGCCUGAAUCCUGAGGGGUGGAAAUCAGAGCCCGCGGCCUCCUCCGUCAGAGGCUCAGAAAUCUGCCUCGAAGAAGAACUACCAGACGAAAUCACUGCAGAAAUAUUCGCGACUGAAAUUCUUGGCCUAAGCAUUGCAGAGGAUUCUGGAUGAUGUGGUCAGUGAGGCUGUGAGGACCGUUUGAAGCACAAUGGACUUGGCGUGUUUUCUAAGAGGCGUUGCUUUUUCUGCGUUUGUUUCCCUACCCCCACUGCAGUCUUCAGAACAUUUAGACAUUAAAAGAAAAUUUCUGUUAAGCUUUGGAAUUCGCAAAGUUGGACAUUCCACUGUUUCUGAAAUAGAAAAGUGGGUGGAGGCAAGAACAGCCCUGGCAGCUGGGCGUCAAUGGCGGCUGGACACCAGGACUGUCUCCACGCCUCAUCCGAGGCAGUUCAGCCUGAGGGGGUUUGCACAGGAUAAGGUGGGUCUCGCCCAGCAACGGGCCUUCCUGUUGACACGGGUGGUCCAGGGAAUUGAUAGUCAGUGGCCCUAUUGCCUCAGCCUGCAGUGCCCCUGGACCCUUGGCUUCAUGUGGCCCAGUACGGAUUGGCUCUGCCUGUGGUGAAGCUAGGGAGGGGUGCUCCCGAGAGCCACCCAUGAUGGCUUUUUCUCAGCAAAACCCCCAAGCAGUUGUGUGUGGCCGUUAUGAUGAGCACCACUGGCCAUGCUUAACCACGGUGGCAACUGCCAGAGGGAAUACAGAAGCAGCCGGAGCCCUGUGUGCGGCACCUGGGCCAGAGCCAUGUGCAGCCCCAGCUGCUGCCACCAGCACCUUCCCUUGCACUGCAUAUAACUAGCAUGGUCGUGGGCGCUUCACCACCUCACACUCUGCUCGGCUUCAGAACACACAGUGGCAAAAGCAGGGGCCAGUUCCCCAACUCAAGGACACUUAGGGACAUUAUCACUAAGUUUACAGUAGUAUUUCGGCCUUGAAAAUAGCAGAGCAUCAGAGUGUAAGCAGAUGAAGGUUAUGUUCUGAUUUUA